CGGCGACAUCGUCGGCGCCCAGGAGGUGCGCGUGCGGCGCGCCGCUGCCACCCGCCGCGGCCGCGAGUUCGUGCGCGGGCGCGUCGGCAGCAGCAUGUUUGCGCCCGGCGGCCUCGACGAGGUGCUCAAGGGCGACGGCGCCGGCGACGACGACGCCGAGGAGGAGGAGGAGCGUGGCCUACGUAUCUGCGCUUCUGGCCUGUCGCGUGGAUUCCGCUCGCGGGCACAGCGCGAGGCCGAGUCGAGUGAGGCCGCGCUGGAGCUCGACGACGACGACGAGGUGCCCGAGCUGGACUUCACACCGGACGCACAUCUUAAGAUCCUCUCGCGCGAGGUAAAGCCGCGGGCGCCCUUCUAUCGUGCAGCAGUCCAGCCUAGCGACGCUGCCAAGGAGUCAACCUCCUCAGCCGUGCAUGAUGCCGAGCUGGACGAGCUGCUGCCGGCGGCGCCGCCGGGAGCCAACCUCGGGCUGGGUGCGUCGCGGGCCGCGCGCCGGCGCCUCGAGAGCAAGCGCGACUGGGCGCACGUUGUCGACGUCAACGCGACGAUGGGCGACUUCCACAAGCUGGUGCCUGACAUGGCGCACAAGUUCCCCUUUGAGCUCGAUCCGUUCCAGAAAGAGGCCGUCUACCACCUGGAGCAGCGCGACUCGGUCUUUGUUGCGGCGCACACGUCGGCCGGCAAGACGGUUGUGGCCGAGUACGCCAUCGCCCUCGCACAGAAGCACAUGACCCGCUGCAUCUACACAUCGCCCAUCAAGGCGCUGUCCAACCAGAAGUUCCGCGACUUCAAGCAGACGUUUGGCGCGCAGAACGUCGGCAUCCUGACUGGCGACGUGCAGAUCAACCCCGAGGCGCCGUGCCUGAUCAUGACGACGGAGAUUCUGCGCAGCAUGCUGUACCGCGGCGCCGAUCUCAUUCGCGACGUCGAGUUUGUCAUUUUCGACGAGGUGCACUACGUCAACGACCAGGAGCGCGGAGUGGUCUGGGAGGAGGUCAUCAUCCUCUGCCCGCAGCACAUCAACCUCAUCCUGCUCUCCGCGACCGUGCCGAACACAAAAGAAUUCGCCGACUGGGUCGGCCGCACGAAGAAGAAGGACAUCUACGUGAUCAGCACGCCGAAGCGUCCCGUGCCGCUCGAGCACUUCCUCUACGCCGGCAAGGAGCUGCACAAGAUCGUCGAUACGCGUGGCCAGUUCCUCGGCAGCGGCGUCCGCGCUGCCACCGAGGCGCUGCGCCGCAAGCAGGACAAGGAGCGCGAGGCGGCCGGCCUGGCGCCGAUCGGGCGAGGCGGUGCCGCCGGAGGGCGCGGCGGCGCAGGGCGCGGAGGGCCGCAAGGCGCAGGCCGAGGUGCGCCACGCGGAGCAAGAGGCGGAGCACGCAGUGGUGCGCCUGCCCUUCGAGGCCGCGGAGGCGGCGGCAGCGCAGCCGGAGGCAACAGCCGGCCGGGAUUCGGCGGCGACAAGAGCCUCUGGAUCAACCUCGUGAACCUGCUGCGCAAGCGCGACCUGCUGCCCGUCGUCGUCUUCGUAUUCUCGAAGCGGCGCUGCGAGGAAUACGCCAGCUCGAUGCCGAACACGGACCUCUGCAAUGCACGCGAGAAGAGCGAGGUGCACAUCCUGAUCGAGAAGAGCCUGACUCGCCUGAAGGGCUCGGACAAGAGCCUGCCGCAGAUUGCGCGCAUGCGCGAGCUGCUCGCACGCGGCAUAGGUGUGCACCACGGCGGCCUGCUGCCGAUCGUGAAGGAGGUCGUCGAGAUGCUGUUUCAGCGCGGACUCGUCAAGGUGCUCUUCGCGACCGAGACGUUCGCCAUGGGCGUCAACAUGCCGGCGCGGUCCGUCGUCUUCUCUGGCAUCCGGAAGCACGACGGACAUGGCUUCCGCGAGCUGCUCGCUGGAGAGUACACGCAAAUGUCGGGCCGAGCCGGCCGUCGCGGCCUGGAUCCUACGGGCGUGGUCAUCAUCAACGCCAACGAGGACGUGCCGGAUACGGGCAUCUUGAACAAGAUGCUUCUUGGCCAGGCGACGAAGCUGUCGAGCCAGUUCCGCCUGACGUACAACAUGAUCCUCAACCUGCUGCGCGUCGAGGCGCUCAAGGUCGAGGAGAUGAUCAAGCGCUCCUUUUCCGAGAAUGCGUCGCAACGCCUGCUGCCCGACCAGCAGCGGAAGGUCAAGGAGGUCGAGCGACAGCUUGCGCGCCUGCCUGCUGUGCCUCCGGAGCGGGAGGAAGACAUCAGCCGCUACUACGACCUUGCCCACGCCGCCGUGGCCUCGAAUCAAGGCAUGCUUGAGGUCGCCCUCGCGCAGCCACAGGGCUCGAAGAUGCUUGCCGCCGGCCGAGUCCUUGUGCUGCGUGACGAGCACUUUGACUUUGACGUGGCCGUCGUGGUGCGCUCCGUCGCCGACGGCCUCUUCCUCGUCCUUGCUGCAGUCUCGCCUGAGCGCAAGGCGGGCACGCUGGACGUUGAGUCUGGCAAGGUCACUCCGCUGUGGCCCGCGACGCUGCGCGAUCGCCCCGCAACGGGCCUGGUCUACGACCUGCGGGAGGUGCCGCUGAGCUCAAUUGUGCUACUCACGCCGCAUCUGCUGAAGAUCGAGACGAGCAUGAUCAUGGCGCACCGCAUCUCGGCCAUGCAGCGCACGGCCGACAUGCUGGCGCCGCUCGUGGCCGAAAUGGGCGCCGCCGAUGCCGUUCCCGAGGUUGACUGGUCGCGCCUGCGCCGUCUGGAAUUCCAGGAGGCGCUGCGCUCGCGCGACGGCUAUGCGUCACGUCUGGCUCAGCACACUGCCUGCACGACACACGAGAGCUUCGCGAGCGAGUACGCAAUGAUGCACGCGCGCAAGGCGCUUGGGACACGCAUCAAGGCGCUCAACCUGUCGAUCUCCGACCAGAACCUGGACCUGCUGCCCGACUACCAGCAGCGCAUUGCCGUGCUCAAGACGCUGCGCUUCGUCGACCCCGUCUCAGAGGCAGUGCUGCUCAAGGGACGCGUCGCCUGCGAGAUCAACUCGGCCGACGAGCUCCUGUUGACGGAGCUGAUCCUCGACAACUUCUUCAAUGCGCUCACGCCGCAGGAGAGCGUGGCGCUGCUCAGCGUCUUCAUCUUCCAGGAGAAGACGGACAUGCAGCCCGAGCUGCUCCCGCGUCUCGCAGAGGGCUACGCCACCAUCAUCGCCACGUCGGAGCGAGUCAGCGCCGUGCAGGCGGCCCACCACCUCAACCACACCGACUUUGAGACGGCGCUCAAGACGGGCCUCGUCGAGGUCGUGUUUGAGUGGGCCAGCGGCAUGCCCUUCAGCAAGAUCACCGACCUCACCGACGUGGCCGAGGGCACGAUUGUGCGCUGCAUCACGCGCCUCGACGAGACGUGCCGCGAGGUGCGCGACGCGGCGCGGGUCAUUGGCGACGCCGACCUGUUCCAGAAGAUGGAGGCGGCGCAGGAGUGCAUCCGGCGCGACAUCAUCGCGUGCGCCAGCCUGUACGUGUAGCCGGCAGCAAUCGAGCCAAUGCCGCAUGCUCGCCACUGGCCUGAACCUGCCGCGUGCCGCAUUCUGCUGUACGCGCGGUGGCCGCUUUGCUUGGAACGAGCAUAAUAUGGUCAGUGUGUUGCGGGAUGGACGUGUGAAGGAAGAGCUGCUCGCCGGGCAACAUGCUCGGGUCGGUGAUUCGAGGCGACGCGGGGCCGUCGCACGGUCGCGCUGUGUGUGCUCCGCACAC